CCCAGUGCUGCCCUGAGCCAGGAAAUCCAACGGCCAACACUCUCUCGCCUCCUCUCUCCAGGGCAGGAGAGAUAGAGACAGAGACAGACAGAGAGAGGGAGCAAAGCAGAGAGGCAGCGGACGAGUGCAGCUCUUCCCUCCUUUGCAGCCUGAGCAUCAAACUUCUGCAAGUCUAGAACAUGAGGAGGCCACCAAGAACACUCUCCUUCCUUCUGUUCCUCUUCUGGCUGGGGACCUCUUGGGAAGCACACUUGCCCCAUCCCUUCAUCCGCUCCAACGCGACUGUUUUCUCCCAUGUCUACACUAUAAAGCUGGCAGGAGAGGGCCCCGAGGCCGAGGGGGCCUCCCCUGCACCACAAGAGGCCUUGGGUCCUCCCGGGUCCUCCCGGGGAGGAGGCCUGUACGAGCACACUCUGGAAGGGCCCGAUCAAGAGCAUGUGGUCUUCACCCACCGCAUCAAUCUGCCCACGCAGGCCUGCGGGUGCCCGCCUGGCACCGAGGACACACAGGACCUCUUGAGACGGCUGCAGGCACUAGAGAAUGAAGUGCGGGCACUGCGGGACACCUGCCAAGCUGGGGGAGGAUGCUGCCCUGCGACUGCCAGUUCCCAGGCCAGUACAGGCCAAACAGACAUCCGCACCUUAUGUUCACACCAUGGCUCCUUCGACGUCUCUCGCUGCGUGUGUGAAUGUGAGCCAGGCUGGAGCGGCCCCACCUGUGCUGAGCCAGCUUGCCCAGGAGGGUGUGGUGGCCCCCAGCGUGGCAAAUGCGUGAACAGGCGUUGCCAGUGCCGCCCUGGCUACUCGGGUACCCACUGCGAAGAGCCACCUACCUGCCCAGACGACUGCAAUGACCAAGGCCGCUGCGUGGACGGGCGUUGCACCUGCUUCCCGGGAUACGUUGGUCCUUCCUGUGCUGAUCCGGCCUGCCCCGAGGGCUGCCAGGGCCAUGGCCAGUGUGUGUCAGGGAGGUGUGUGUGCAACCCAGGCUACUCUGGGCCUGACUGUGGGUCCCGGGCCUGCCCUAGUAACUGCAACCGGCGUGGAGAGUGCCGUAAUGGACGCUGUGUGUGCGAAACAGGCUUUACAGGCCCGGCCUGUGGCACCAAGACCUGCCCCAAUGAUUGUAGCCAGAGAGGGCGCUGCCUUAAGGGAGCAGUGUGCGCCUGCUUCAAAGGAUACACUGGGCCAGACUGCAGCCAGCUGGCAUGUCCAGAGGAUUGCAACGGGCACGGAGAGUGCCAGAACGGAGUGUGUCUUUGCCAUGACGGUUUUUCUGGAGAUGAUUGUUCCAUAGAGAUUCCAACCAUUGGUGUCCGUGUGUCAAAUCGAGAUGAAACAUCCUUCCGCCUGGAAUGGAACCGCCCGGGCAUACCUGUGGAUGGUUAUGAAAUCAAUGUGAUUCCCACGCAUGAUCAGGUGGUAGGUGAAUCUGUACGCUUGCCCAGCACUGAGACGGUUUUCGAACGCCGAGGGUUGAAACCGGGGGAGGAAUACCUUGUCACUAUCCGGGCAGAAAAGGGGCAAAGCUACGGACCCCCCGUUACCCAGCCCGUGCGUACACGAGUGGCUCCUCCCCUUGACCUGCACUCAUCUCAGGUGACAGAAAACACUGUGACCUUGGACUGGGAACCACCUGCCUCCCGCCCCGAUGGCUACAUCCUAAGCUACGUGCCUCUGGUUGCCACUCAGCCCACCCAAGCCCCAAAGCGUGUGGAGCUGCCAGCAGAGCCUGAAAGCGUCACCCUGGAAGAUCUGGAAAGCAACACCCCAUACCGCAUCACCCUGAUUGCCCGCCAGAAUGGCGAGAACAGCCGAGGCAGCAGCAUCAUUGUCAGCACUACUGCACCAGCUCCGAGCCAACCCAUCCGCCGCUACUCAACACCAUCCCCCUCUUCCCAUCUAGAGCCUGACAAUUCCUUCACCAGGCCUGGAUCCAGGAAGCCAGGCAUCAAGCCACACCCAGGCAGUGCCCUUUCCAACACCACCAAAGCUAGGGAGCUUUUCAUGAAGAAAAUGACGGAAAACAUCUCAGCCAAGCUUUCUCCGUUCAAUGGGACCCUCCUAGAGCGUUUGGAGAGCUAUCUCUGGGCCACAAACUUCCCUCUCCAUGGCAAUCGGACCAUACAGACUGUGGCCAGGGACAUAUACCUCUAUCUAAUCCUCCGGAAGCCAGAAGAAGUCAUAGAGAAGGUCAAGGACCUCCUUGAUAAAGAGAUGGAUGAUUCACUUCCAAAAAGGGAAUUCCCAAUUGGGGAAGCAGACAGUGCCUACUCAGAUGGAUACUCCCGUCCAGAUCAUGCCAAACCAGCAGUGGUAGCCAGCUCCUCAGAUGGCAUUGAGGUGUCCUUGGAUGGUGUGAGGGGGGUCUCUGACAAUGUGGUUAUCCGCUACCGUAAUACAGGGAGUGGAGAAGGAGGGGAGUUUAUGGUGCCUGGAGAUGCUUCCACAGCACUUAUCACUGGACUGGAUCCUGGCACAACCUACCAUGUGGAAAUCCAUGGGGUGGUGAAAGGACACUCUUCCAAGUCAUACUCUUUUAUAACCUCCACAGCUCCAGGAUCGCCUUCAGCUGCUGAGAUCCAAACCGUCCCUAGUCCCACGCUAACUCCAGAAGUGCCAUUGAGGGACCUAACGGUGACUGACGUCUCUCCAAACAGCCUCCGCAUGGUUUGGUCAGCCCCACCCAGUUCCUUCAGCAGCUUUUCCCUUCAGUAUAGGGACCCCAAAUCCAGUGCGCCCCCGAGGGAAAUCAGAGUACCAGGGACGGAGAGAAGCGUCGCCGUGAUGGGUUUGAGUCCCAAUACAGACUAUGAACUGGAGUUAAGUGGGGAGAAACCUAACGGGAUCUACAGUCCUCCUGUCACAACAAAAGCAUCCACAGCCCCAGCACCGGAAGCAGAGAAACCCACCUUGGGAAAGAUCUCCGUCUCGGAAGUCACAGACAACUCUGCCCGCCUUUCCUGGGACGUCCCCACAGGCAGCUUUGACUCCUUUUUGAUCCAGUAUAAAGAUGCAGAGGGCAAGCCAAAGGGGUUGCCUGUGGAUGGGGGCUCCCGGGAGGUCACUGUCUCUAACCUGGCACCUUCCCGAAAAUACAAGUUCAAUCUUUACGGACUCGUAGGCCGCAAGCGUGUUGGCCCGGUUUCCACUGAGACAGUCACAGCCCCACGGACAGCCCCACCCAGCUUAGGAGAACUCUCCACCUCAGAUAUCACCAGCGAUUCUGUCCGUCUCUUCUGGAGCAUCCCCUCAGGGAGCUUUGAUUCCUUCUUGGUCCAGUACAAGGAUGCUGAAGGCAGACCCCAAGUGCUGCCCAUGGAGGGGGAUUCCCGCGAAGUCACCAUCCCUAGCCUGGUUCCUUCCCACAGAUAUAGGUUCAAUCUCUAUGGCAUCUCCAAUCGCAAACGUCUCGGUCCAGCCACAACAGACGUCACCACAGCAUCACGGGAAGAAGAGCCUGUGCCUGAGCCCAUGCCAGAACCUGUCCUUGGUGACCUCUCUGUCUCAGAUGCCACCAGCAACACUGUCCGUCUCACCUGGAAUGUCCCCACAGACAGAUUUGACUCCUUUUUGCUCCAAUACCAAGACCCGGAGGGCAAUGACCAAACCCUGCGCAUAAACAGAGAUUCUCGUGAGAUCGCCGUUCCUAAUUUGGUUCCUUCCCAAAGAUACAGAUUCAACCUUUAUGGAAUCUCUGGGACCCAGCUUCUUGGACCUGUCUCAGCUGAUGUCGUCACAGCAGAAUCUCAGGAAACAAUCACAGAGAGGCCGGAUGAGACAAUAUUGACUCCACCCAGCCUGGGGGAGCUCUGGGCCUCUGAUGUCACCAGUGAUUCCAUCUGUCUCUCCUGGACUGUCCCCACUGGGAGCUUCGACUCUUUCCUGGUCCAGUACAAGGACUCAGAGGGCAAACCUCAGGCACUACCUGUGGAUGGAAGCUCCCGUGAGGUCACUGUCCCCAAUCUGGUUCCUUCCCGCAGAUAUAAGUUCAACCUAUAUGGUGUCCUUGGGCGCAAACGUUCCAGCCCCAUCUCCACUGAUGCCACCACAGCAUCCUCUAGGGUGACGGAGGGAGAUGCCGUUCAGCCCAGCUUGGGGGAGUUGACGGUCUCUGAUGUCACCAGUGAUUCUGUCCAUCUCUCCUGGACUGUCCCCACUGGGACCUUUGACUCUUUCCUGAUCCAGUACAAGGAUGCCGAAGGCAGACCCCAAGCACUGCCUGUGGAGGGGGGCGCCUGUGAGGUCAUCGUCCCCAAUCUGGUUCCUUCCCGCAGAUACAAGUUCAACCUCUAUGGAGUCUCUGGUCGCAAGCGCUCUGGCCCCAUAUCCACGGAUGCCACCACAGCAUCCUCUAGGGUGACGGAGGGAGAUGCUGUUCAGCCCAGCCUGGGGGACUUCUUGGUCUCUGAUGUCACCAGUGAUUCUGUCCAUCUCUUCUGGACUGUCCCUACUGGGAACUUUGACUCUUUCCUGAUCCAGUACAAGGAUGCCGAAGGCAGACCCCAAGCACUGCCUAUGGAGGGGGGUGCCCGCGAGGUCAUAGUCCCCAGUCUGGUUCCUUCCCGCAGAUACAAGUUCAACCUCUAUGGAGUCUCUGGCCGCAAGCGCUCAGGCCCCAUAUCCACGGAUGCCACCACAGCAACGUCGCCAGUGGUGACCACGGAAAGAAUCAUCACCCAGCUCAGCCUGGACCAGCUCUCUGUUUCUGACAUCACCAGUGACUCAGCCCGUCUCUCCUGGACCGUCCCAACUGGGAAUUUUGACUCCUUCCUAGUCCAGUACAAAGAUGCUGAGGGGAAACCGCAGUGGUUGCCCGUGGAUGGUGCUUCCCGCACACUCACUGUCCCAAACCUGGAGCCCUCCCAGAGAUACACGUUUAACCUCUAUGGACGUUACGGUGGCAAGCGCUAUGGCCCCCUUUCGGUGGAGGCUGUCACAGCACUGUCACCGCAUGGAAAAGAAGUAUUGCCCUCACAGCCCACCCUAGGGGAACUCUCAGCCCAUGAUGUUUCUAGCGAUUCACUCCGGCUCUCCUGGACCGUCCCUACUGGGCAUUUUGACUCCUUCCUGAUCCAAUACAAAGAUGCUGAGGGGAACCCGCAGGCCCUCCCGGUGGAUGGAGGUUCCCGCGAGGUCACCGUCUCCAGCCUUGUGCCUUCCCAUAGAUACAAGUUCAAUUUUUACGGAGUCUCUGGUCACAAGCGAAUCGGCCCCAUUUCCACAGAUGCUGUUACAGCCCCACCGAUAAAGAAACCAACUCUGCCACUCAGACUGGGAGAGCUGACAGCUAGCAAUGCCAUGCCAAAUUCCCUCGAUCUCUCCUGGACUGUUGAGGAUGGGGACUUUGACUCUUUCAUCAUCCAGUACCGAGAUGCUCAGGGCAAGCCCCAAGUCCUCCCCAUCGAUGGGGGCCUCCGCUCUCUCCACCUCCAUGACUUGGCCCCAUCUCACAGAUACCAGAUCAACAUCUAUGGCGUCUCAGGCCGAAAGCGUCUGGGCCCCAUCUCUACUGAAGCAGAGACAGCUCCAUUACCCACAACGCCACCUCCUCAGCCCAGCCUCGGGGAGGUCUCUGUCUCAGAUGUCACCAGCGAUUCUGUCCGUCUCUCUUGGACUGUUCCCACUGGGAACUUCGACUCCUUUCUGAUCCAGUACAAGGACGCAGAGGGCAGAGCCCAAGCGGUGCCUCUGGAGGGAGCUUCUCGUGAGGUCUCCAUCCCCAACCUGGCUCCCUCCCGUAGAUACAAGUUCAACCUCUACGGAGUCUCCGGUCACAAGCGUCUUGGCCCACUGUCUGCGGACACUGUCACAGCUCCAUUACCCACAACGCCACCUCCUCAGCCCAGCCUCGGGGAGGUCUCUGUCUCAGAUGUCACCAGCGAUUCUGUCCGUCUCUCUUGGACUGUUCCCACUGGGAGCUUCGACUCCUUUCUGAUCCAGUACAAGGACGCAGAGGGCAAACCCCAAGUGGUGCCUGUGGAGGGAGCUUCUCGUGAGGUCUCCAUCCCCAACCUGACUCCCUCCCGUAGAUACAAGUUCAACCUCUACGGAGUCUCCGGUCGCAAGCGUCUUGGCCCACUGUCUGCGGACACUGUCACAGCAUCACCUCCGCAGGAACCACCAAUUCCUCCCAGCCUUGGGGAGCUCUCUGCUUCUGAUGUCACCAGUAACUCCAUCCAUCUAUCCUGGACAGUCCCCAUGGGGACCUUUGACUCUUUCCUGGUCCAGUACAAGGACUCAGAGGGCAAACCUCAGGCAAUUCCAGUGGGAGGAGCCCUCCGUGAGACCAUCGUCCCCAAUCUGGUCCCUUCCCGCAGAUACAAGUUCAACCUUUAUGGACUCACCGGCCGCAAGCGCCUUGGCCCCAUUUCCACUGACGCUGUCACAGCAGCAGCAGAAAUAAGGGCUGCACCCACCUUGGGAGAACUCUCUGUCUCUAAUGUCACCAGCGAGUCUGUCCGCCUCUCCUGGACUGUUCCAACAGGAAACUUUGACUCCUUCUUAAUUCAGUACAAGGAUGCUGAAGGCAAAGCCCAGGCGCUGCCCUUGGAAGGAGGCACUCUUGAGACCACCAUCACCGGCCUGUCCCCUGCCCGCCGAUACAAGUUCAACCUCUAUGGGCUUGUAGGGCGCAAACGCCUUGGCCCCGUCUCUGCUGAUACAGUCACAGCAGUGCAGGAGGAAGACAAAAUGAAGCCCAGCGUCGGGGAGCUCUCUGUCUCAGAUGUCACCAGCAAUUCUGCUCUUCUCUCCUGGACUGUCCCCAGUGGGAGCUUCGACUCCUUCCUGAUCCAGUACAAGGACUCAGAGGGCAAACCCCAGGCACUGCCUGUGGAGGGAGCAUCUCGGGAGGUCACUGUCCCUAACCUGGCUCCCUCCCACAGAUACAAGUUCAAUCUCUACGGGAUCUCCGGUCGGAAGCGUCUUGGCCCUAUUUCCUCUGAAGCCACCACAGCUGAAAAGGAGGAAGGAGGAGAAGAAGAUGGACAGAACGAGCCUAGCUUGGGGCAGCUUUCUGUUUCAGAAGCCAACAGCAAUUCAGUCCGUCUUUCCUGGAGUGUCCCAACUGGGAAUUUUGACUCCUUCCUUGUGCGGUACGAAGGUGAAGAGGACGAGCUACAGAGCAUGCCUGUGGACAGUGGUUCCCAUGAGGUCAUCGUGCCUAACCUGUCUCCUUCCCAGCGAUACAGAUUUGAUCUCUACGGCAUCUCAGGGGGCAAGCUUCUUGGCCCUGUGUCCACUGACACCUUCACAGCUCCAUUGACAGAACAGGAAGUGGAGGAGAAGGAAACAGGAACACCACCCCCACAGCCUGACCUGGGAGAACUCUCUGCCUCUGAUGUGACCAGCAAUUCUGUCCGUCUCUCUUGGGACAUCCCCACCGGGACCUUUGACUCCUUCCUGAUCCAAUACAAUGAUGCUGAUAACAAACUGCAGGCACUGCCUAUAGACAAGGAGACCAACUCGGUGUUGAUUGACUACUUGGUGCCUUCCAACAGAUACAAAUUCAAUCUCUACGGUGUGUCUGGACGCAGACAUGUUGGCCCAAGCUCAGUCAUUGUUGUCACAGAUGAUGAGACAGAGAGCCCAGGAGCGGGAGGAGAGGUGGACCAGGAGGUCCCUACUGGAACGGAACCCCGCCUGGGGGAGCUCUCGGUCCCCGAGGUCACCAGUAACACUGCCCGUCUCUCAUGGAGUGUCCCCGUGGGAAGCUUUGAUUCUUUCUCUGUCCAGUACAAGGACGCAGAGGGAAGGCCCCAGGCGCUUCCUGUCGGAGGAGACUCCCGCGAGGUCAUUGUCCCCAACCUGGUCCCCGCUCACAAAUACAAGUUCAAUCUCUAUGGUACUUCUGGAAACCAGCGUCUCGGACCCAUCUCUGCCAAUGCUGUGACGACAGCCACAGGUCACGAGAAGCCAGGAGCAGGAGGAGAGGUGGACCAGGAGGUCCCUACUGGAACGGAACCCCGCCUGGGGGAGCUCUCGGUCCCCGAGGUCACCAGUAACACUGCCCGUCUCUCAUGGAGUGUCCCCGUGGGAAGCUUUGAUUCUUUCUCUGUCCAGUACAAGGACGCAGAGGGAAGGCCCCAGGCGCUUCCUGUCGGAGGAGACUCCCGUGAGGUCAUUGUCCCCAACCUUGUCCCCGCUCACAAAUACAAGUUCAAUCUCUAUGGUACUUCUGGAAACCAGCGUCUCGGACCCAUCUCUGCCAAUGCUGUGACGACAGCCACAGAUCACGAGAAGCCAGGAGCGGGAGGAGAGGUGGACCAGGAGGUCCCUACUGGAACGGAACCCCGCCUGGGGGAGCUCUCGGUCCCCGAGGUCACCAGUAACACUGCCCGUCUCUCAUGGAGUGUCCCCGUGGGAAGCUUUGAUUCUUUCUCUGUCCAGUACAAGGACGCAGAGGGAAGGCCCCAGGCGCUUCCUGUCGGAGGAGACUCCCGCGAGGUCAUUGUCCCCAACCUUGUCCCCGCUCACAAAUACAAGUUCAAUCUCUAUGGUACUUCUGGAAACCAGCGUCUCGGACCCAUCUCUGCCAAUGCUGUGACGACAGCCACAGAUCACGAGAAGCCAGGAGCGGGAGGAGAGGUGGACCAGGAGGUCCCUACUGGAACGGAACCCCGCCUGGGGGAGCUCUCGGUCCCCGAGGUCACCAGUAACACUGCCCGUCUCUCAUGGAGUGUCCCCGUGGGAAGCUUUGAUUCUUUCUCUGUCCAGUACAAGGACGCAGAGGGAAGGCCCCAGGCGCUUCCUGUCGGAGGAGACUCCCGUGAGGUCAUUGUCCCCAACCUUGUCCCCGCUCACAAAUACAAGUUCAAUCUCUAUGGUACUUCUGGAAACCAGCGUCUCGGACCCAUCUCUGCCAAUGCUGUGACGACAGCCACAGAUCACGAGAAGCCAGGAGCGGGAGGAGAGGUGGACCAGGAGGUCCCUACUGGAACGGAACCCCGCCUGGGGGAGCUCUCGGUCCCCGAGGUCACCAGUAACACUGCCCGUCUCUCAUGGAGUGUCCCCGUGGGAAGCUUUGAUUCUUUCUCUGUCCAGUACAAGGACGCAGAGGGAAGGCCCCAGGCGCUUCCUGUCGGAGGAGACUCCCGUGAGGUCAUUGUCCCCAACCUUGUCCCCGCUCACAAAUACAAGUUCAAUCUCUAUGGUACUUCUGGAAACCAGCGUCUCGGACCCAUCUCUGCCAAUGCUGUGACGACAGCUGCAACAGAAACAACUCAGCCGAGCGUGAAGGAGGCGGAACCCAGCCUUGGAGACGCCACAGUCUCUGAGGUCACCCCAGAUUCUCUUCUCCUCUCCUGGACCAUCCAGGAAGGAAGCUUUGACUCUUUCCUCAUCCAGUACAAGGAUGCAGCAGGGAAGCUCCAGAAUUUACCUGUGGAUGGCACCAUGCGCUCCCUCCACCUCUACAACCUCACACCAUUGCAGAGAUACAAAUUCAACAUCUUUGGAGUCUCCGGCCAUAAGCGCCUUGGGCCAGUCUCAGUUGAUGCUGUCACAGCCUCAGAACCAGCUCCAAUAAAAACUGGUGUUCCUCAGCACAUACUAGAUGAUCUUUCUGUCUCCAACACCACCAGCAACUCUGUCAGUCUGUCCUGGAGCGUCCCUGCAGGCAACUUUGACUCUUUCCUGAUCCAGUACAAAGACAGAGAGGGCAAGCCUCAAGUGUUGCCCCUAAGUGGCGAUUCCCGUGAUGUCACAAUCCCAAACCUGGCUCCUUCUCACAGAUAUAAGUUCAACCUUUUUGGCAUUUACGGACACAAGCGUCUUGGUCCUGUCUCCACAGAUGCUGUUACAGGCCCUGCUCCAAGCACUGAACCUGGUAAGACCACAGCUCAGCUGAAGCUUGGAGAAUUGUCAGCCCAUGACAUCACCUCAGAAUCGCUCCUCCUCUCCUGGACUGUGGAGACUGGGAAUUUCGAUUCCUUUAUCAUCCAGUACCGGGAUGCGGACGGCAAACCCCAUGCUUUGCCCGUGGAUGGUGGCUUGCACUCACUACGGCUUCAUGAUCUGGUCCCCUCUCACAGAUACAGAUUCAACCUCUUCGGCGUCUCUGGCAGCAAGCGUCUUGGGCCCAUCUCCACAGAGGCCAUCACAGCCACUCCCGUACAACCAGUCCCUCCAAAGCCCACCCUGGGGGAGCUCUCAGCCUCUGACAUUAACAGCACAUCUGCCCAUCUGUCCUGGAGUGUCGCCUCUGGGAAUUUUGACUCCUUCAUCAUUCAGUACCGAGAUGCAGAGGGCAAGCCUCAGGCAUUGCCUGUGGAUGGAAGCUCCCGUGACAUCAUAGUCUCCAACCUGGUACCUUCCCGUAGAUACAAGUUCAACCUCUAUGGUAUCUCCGGACGGAAGCGCCUUGGACCCAUCUCCACUGAAGCAGUCACAGCUCGGAUGAAGGAACCAGAGAUCCGGCCCAAACUGGGGGACCUUUCCAUUUCUGAGGUCACCCAGGACUCUGUCCGCCUCUCAUGGACCAUCUCUGCUGGGAAAUUUGACUCCUUCCUCAUCCAGUACAAGGAUGCUGAAGAAAAGCUCCAGACAAUACCAGUUGAUGCUGAUUCCCGCACAGUUGUCAUCUCUGACCUGAUGACUUCCCACAGAUACAACUUCAACCUCUACGGCAUCUCUGGGAAGAAGCAGAUUGGACCCAUCUCUACUGAUGCUGUCACAGCUUUCUCAGAAGUGCCCAGUGAACAGCCUGUGCUUGAAAACCUGGUUGUCUCUGAGGUGACGCCCACUACGCUGCAACUCACAUGGGACGCUCCAGAGGGAGGGUUUGAUUCCUUCCAGAUCCGAUACAAGGACUCCCUUCUGGGAAGUGGGAGGAGCCCUCCACCAGCCAAGGAAAUGAAUGUGCCUGGGCAUGACCGCUCAGCCUUGCUUCGAGGCCUUACACCUAACACUGAAUACAGCGUUGCAGUCUCUGGCGUCAGAAAUGGGUCAGAAGUGGCCAAUAUCAACACAGUGGCAAGGACAAGUGGGCUAGAGCUGGAGAGUCCUCGGGACCUGCGGUUCAGUGACAUCCGCGAGACCUCCGUCGUGGCCAACUGGAGACCACCGUCCUCUCGCAUCGAUCACUACAAAGUUUCCUUCCAGCCCUCGGAUGGAGGUGAGCCGAGAAGCAUAAUUGUGGAUGGAUCCAAGCUCAAAACAACCAUUGAGGAUCUGACCCCUGGCGCCAGCUAUGAGGUCACUGUGAUGUCUCUUCGUGGGUUUGAAGAGAGCGAGCCCUUGGUGGGUUACGUCACCACAGUUCCAGACGGUCCUGCUGACUUGCGCGCUGUCAGCGUCACUGACUCAUCAGCCGUGCUGACAUGGCAUCCUGCUGUGGCUGAGAUGAACAACUACAUUGUCACCUAUGGACCGGCUGGGGGCACGAGGGUCUCCGAGUCAGUGCCAGGGAACCGGAACCAGCUGCCACUAUCAGGCCUGCGUCUGGACACAGAAUAUCGGGCCAGCGUCUACGGGGAGAGAGAUGGAAACCGCAGCUCUCCCAUCAGCGCCACUUUCACCACCGGAGCAGAUGGACCCCGGGAUCUCCAGGCUACUGACAUCUCGCCCCGCAGUGCUCAUCUUGUCUGGUCACCACCCCGCGCUCCUCCUGAGGGAUAUCUGCUAAGUUAUAAAACCCCGUAUGGGCAAUCAAAGGAGAUCCCCUUGGAUGCUUCUGUCACCUCGCACAAACUCCAGAACCUCAUUCCUUCCAGCCGGUACCAGGUUCAAGUCCAGGCGCUGAGGAGAGGCACACCAACAGCCCCCACCUCCACUUCCUUCACCACCGGACAUCUGAUAUACCCCUUUCCUCGGGAUUGCGCAGAGGAGAGCCUGAAUGGGCCAGGACCCUCAAGGACGACGACAAUUUAUCUUGGGGGCAAGCAGGACCGCCCCUUGCAGGUGUACUGUGACAUGGAGACUGAUGGAGGAGGCUGGAUAGUCUUUCAGCGUCGGAUGAAUGGCGAAACCGAUUUCUGGCGUGACUGGCAGGAUUAUGCCACCGGCUUUGGCAACCUUACCCGGGAAUUUUGGCUAGGGAAUGAUGCUCUGCACCAGCUGACAUCAUCAAGGGACUUUGAGCUGCGCGUGGAUCUCCGUGCCAGGAAUGAGUCUGUCUAUGCCACCUACCAAAAUUUCCGCGUGGAUCCCCCUGCCGAUUAUUACCGCCUGCACGUGGGUGGUUACAGUGGCACGGCUGGCGAUGCUCUCACCUACCACUCUGGCAGCGUCUUCUCCGCCCGGGACCGCGACCCUAACAGGCUCAUCAUCCCAUGUGCUGUCUCUUAUCGCGGUGCAUGGUGGUACCGCAACUGCCACUAUACCAACCUCAACGGGCUGUAUGGGAACAGCCGCGACCACCAGGGCGUCAGCUGGUUUAACUGGAAAGGAUUUGAGUUUUCCAUCCCCUUCACCGAGAUGAAACUACGACCCCGGGGCUUCCAGCUGCGGCGGGCGUGAGCAAAGGAAGGAGGCUGCAGAACUGACUAAGGGGGAGAGCAGAGGAGGGAGGGAGAAGCAGGAGCAAGAUCUAGCAACUACCCCUCCACAACGGGAUCUCACACCCUGCCUUAAUUUCCCCUGAGAAAAGAAGAUGGAUGGAGCAAAACAAAGAAAAGGGACAAAUGUUUCUAAAAAGCACCUGGUAGUAUUCUUUUUUCCCUUCUCCUGCUGACCGGCCACAAGAUGACGUGGAUGCACAGAACCCAGAGGGAGUCCACGACGAUGGAAGAAAGAGAAUUGAGCGGGUUGGAAUCGUUUGGAUCAUGUUGCAGAAUAGCUGUACAGCAACCUGGUUAGCAACUAGUUUUCCUAGAGAGCCACUGAUAAGGGAGUGAGGGCAGAUUGGCCAACGCCCCAGUCCCUAAAAUGGGUUGGCAGCAAAACCAUUUUCUCCUCUACGAUGCUUCUUUCAGCUAGCAAAACUAGCUAGGCCAAUUCAUAUCCUUCAAAGGGGUGGACUUUGGCCCAGGAUCCUCCAGUUGUUGACGCACACACACACCCCACUCCUGCCCAGGUUCCUGCUCCCACAGAAGUUGUAUCUCAUAAUCAUUCCCAGCCAGCCUUCCCUCUUCGGCUUCACCAACGGUCCACAUCUCCUCUCCCCCAAAUACUAUUCAGAAAGGAGAUAAACUCAUAAACAGUUGCUGAAAGCAGGUUAACGUUAAAAGCACUUUUUAUUUUUAGGCAUUUAUUUUGCCCCUCCCGGGAAUCUUGUGAACUGAAGCUAUGUACCCUGCCCACCCCUCACCUCCACAUUAAAGCUUUUGACUCUUUUGUCCCCUCUCUCAAUCCCUCCCCUAAACUAAUCUUCGUAAAGAAUGGACAGAAAUAGAAGAACGGAAUGAGGAGGUAAGAAGUCAGUUUAAAAGAUCACAGAAUGAAAACAGAGCUGACCAAUGUGGAUUGAAGAGACACCCCCAACCAUCAACUGAUUUCAGCUGGCAGGCAAGGAUGAUUCUGCUGUCCCUAUCGGGUAUGGGGAAUCUUUGGCUCUCGUUGGGCUCCAGCUCCCAUCAGCCCAAGGGCCAGGGAUGAUGGAAGUUGUGGUCCAACAACUUCUGGAGGGCUACAGGUGUCCACAGCCCUGGGUUAAACAUUCUGAUAAAGCUCCAGAUGAAGUGAUAAGUGGAAAUCUGUUCUCGAAGUGUUUCUUUUUAAUGAAUGAGAUGAAGCCAGCAAGAGCACAACAGAAAGCCAUGGUCAGAAUACUAGGAUUUGUUAAAAAAUUAGUUGUGUAACAGUUCUGAAGCAAACUACAGCACUGCUUGACUUGUAUGUGCAAAGAUAGGGGGGGAUCUUGAACUCCACAAGCCCCACUGCCGUAUCCCCUCCCCUCAUUUUUAGCCGAACUGUGCCUCCCCUGUCGCCUUCUAAAAAGAGUAGUUGAGGGAGCCUUUGCAGACUAUAAAGGGGUCAGGGUCCUCUGUUCCACCACUGCCAUUGAAAACUGGCCCCAGAUCACAACCAACUCAGCCCUCCUGCACCUCUGCCUCCCUCCCCACACAGACGCUGGAGAGCCCAUCUUGGUUACUAGGAAUGGAAGCAGCUACCUUAUACUGAGAUAGACCAUUGGUCCAUCUAGCUCAGUAUUGCCUACACUGACUGGCAGUAGCCCUCCAGGGUUUCAGGCAGGAGUCUUUCCCCAGCUCUUCCUGGGGACUGAAUGGGGGAUUGAACCUGGGACCUGUCCUCCUGUAGGGAAAGCAGAUGCUCCCUACCACUGAGCUGCUUCCCUUCAAAAUGGGAGCACAAGCCUCAUCCAACUCCUAGGCAACUGAGAUGAAAGAGUAUGAGGAGGGCAGGCAAGGAGAUGUUUCCAAUCUCCCUGGCAGGAUAUUCAGUUCUUGCUGUCUGUUUUUUGCUCUCGUUGUAAAAAGCCAGCUGCGCACAUUGUGCACUCUGCACCUUUCUGACCAUCAUCGUCAGUAGCUCCUUGGCCAAGAUCUGAAGAAAGAUGGGACAAGUGGACUUGUGCAUACGGUGUCUGAAGGCCCUCUAAAUAGUAGCACCUGCCCUUAGCACUUUGGAGACAGGAGCAGGGGAGGGGGACAGGUCACAGGAAAGGGUGUUUUUUCCCCCUGAUGGGGCAGCAAGGCAGGGAGGCCACAUGUGACGCUCCUUCCCUGGCUCUCCCUGUCAGGUUCCUACCUGCUCGUGGUUACUGCCUGUCUCUAGGCACCACCAGGGACUCCACCAGUCCAGACCGCUCUCUCUUAUGAUUUCUCUCCCCGCUCUAGCACAGAUCUCAACAGAUCCCCCUGCUAGGCAACCACCAGUCACGUCCUAAUACUAGUAUUCCCAGAGACUCUGAAUACUGGUAUUGUUAUUCUCUUCACCGCUGCCACCAUUUGUUACAGUUUCCCUUCAGCCUUGGUCAUUACCUUACCCUCCCUUCUGGUCUGUGAAACCCCAGCCAAGGAUCAGGCCUUUGGUAAACCAAAUUAAGUAUUUAUUAAAGAUAACAAAGCUAACAAGAUUUCUUCUUAAGGCACAUAAGCAUAUGGUUUUACUCAAUACUAAUCUGAACUCCACCCCCCUCCUUUCCUUUCCUGAUGGGGCAGAAGCGGCCAUUAACUCCAUUUAAAGUAGGGCAGGGUAUCUGCACGGGAUGGGAGGGGCAGGCUGUACAGUGUUAAUUUUUAGGGGGUUGGGGUAAAAAAAUUCUCUAUACAAAGCGCUUGGGGGGGAAGUUAUUUUUAGAUCCUUGUGAGAAAAUGUUUAAAAUAAAAAAAUUAAAA